UGCUUUGCCUGUCAACUUGUCUUGUCGCCGCUCGCGAGACACCAGACUGCCACAAUGUCGACGUUUGAUACCCUGACCGAACAGGACCUGCAGCAGGAUGAGGUCGAGAUCGAUUUCUCAGAUUUAAAGGCCGAAUUCGAAGUCCGUCUGGAAGAAGGACUGGACACAUUCGUUGUUUUCGAUGGGCUCCCAAUCGUCUCUGAAGAUAACAAGGCGAAGUUGAUUAAAUUUUUGUUAAAGAAAAUAAAGAAGGAUGGCCCCUCUUCGAGCAGUAUCGACCCGAACCGCCAGAUUUUUCUACCCAUGAAUGAGAGUGGGAUGUCCGAAGGUUUCGCCUUUGUUGAAUAUGACACUCCCGAAGAAGCCUUUGCUGCUAUAAAGAGCCUUCAUGGAACGCCCCUGGAUAAGAAACAUACCCUGGCAGUCAACAAGCUUACUGAUAUAGACAGAUAUGGACGUGAGGGCCGGAUAGAUGACGAAUACAAACCUCCCAAGAUCGAACCAUUCCAGGAAAAGGAGCACCUUCGAUCAUGGCUAGGCGACCCCAACGCCCGCGACCAGUUCGCAAUGUACCGCGGUGACAAAGUCGGCGUUUUUUGGAAUAUGAAGAAGGAUCCUCCAGAGAAUAUUGUUGACCGAGAUCAUUGGACUCAACUCUUCGUUCAGUGGUCUCCCAUGGGUACAUACCUUGCUUCCGUCCAUCCACAAGGUAUCCAGCUCUGGGGCGGACCCCAAUUCAGCAAACAGAAACAGUUUCCUCACCCUUUCGUCCAACUUGUGGAGUUCUCGCCCCAGGAAAACUACCUUACGACGUGGUCUAGUCGCCCGAUACAAAUUGAGGGAGCGCCUGGAGUGUUAUCAUAUGAUGAAGAUGGCAAGAAUAUAAUCGUUUGGGAUAUCACCACUGGGAAGCCCCUCCGAUCCUUCGUCAGCCAUGACCUUUCUGCCCCAGCUGGCACUGACGGCGACGCUGCUCCCCAAAAGAAGAAAGUACAGUGGCCUGCAUUUAAAUGGUCGGCGGAUGAGAAAUACGUUGCCCGUAUGCUUCAGCACCAAUCCAUCUCCGUCUAUGAGCUGCCUCGCAUGAACCUCCUUGACAAGACCGUGAUCAAGGUUGAGGGUGUCAUGGAUUUCGAAUGGUCUCCUGCCACCGUACAAAGAGAAGGUGUCAAACGCUACGAGCAGCUGCUCAGCUUCUGGACUCCUGAAAUUGGAAGUAAUCCUGCCAAGGUCGGUUUGAUGAGCAUACCCUCAAAGGAGAUUGUCCGUACACGAAACCUUUUCAACGUCUCCGAUGUGAAGCUGCACUGGCAAUCCCAGGGUGCCUAUGUUUGUGUCAAGGUUGACAGGCACUCCAAAUCCAAGAAAUCCAUGGCUACGAAUUUGGAGAUCUUCCGAGUGAAAGAAAAGGGUGUACCCGUUGAGGUCGUCGACUCGCUAAAGGAUACCGUCAUAAAUUUCGCUUGGGAACCCAAAGGUGAUCGAUUCGUCCUCAUCACAACUGGCGAGGCCCCCACAGGCUCUGCCGUUGCUCCAAAGACUGCCGUCUCUUUCUUCUGUCCCGAGAAGGUCAAGGGUGGAGCUAUUGGUAACUUUAAACUCAUCCGCACCAUUGAGAAGAAAACAAGCAAUGGAAUAUACUGGUCUCCCAAGGGCCGCUUUGUUGUUGUUGCUACCGUCCAUUCGCAGCAGAACUUUGACCUUGAUUUCUGGGAUUUGGACUUUGAAGGUGAAAAGCCAGAGAGCGAGAAGGACCUUUCAGCCAAUCUGCAGCUUAUGAAGACGAUUGACCACUUCGGUGUGACCGAUGUUGAUUGGGACCCAACCGGUCGAUUUGUCAUCUCCAGCGCCUCCGCCUGGACUCACUCGCUUGAGAACGGCUAUAAUGUCCACACAUUCUCCGGCACAACACUGGCCGAACACCCCACCGAGAAGUUCAAGCAGCUUCUCUGGCGUCCACGGCCCCCAACCUUACUUUCAAAAGAAGAGCAAAAACAAGUCCGCAAGAACCUCCGCGAGUACUCCCGCGAGUUUGACGAAGAAGACAAGUACGCUGUCGAUAUUGCCAACACCGCGAUAGUAGAGAUGAGAAAGAGAGUCCUCAGCGAAUGGACUGCCUGGCUCAGAAAGGAGAAGCAAAUGAUUCUUGAGGAGAGAGAAGAUCUCGGCCUGUCUCCCAACUCAGACGAUGAUAUUGUUGCUCAGCCAAGUAUCACUGCUGCCGAGGGCGAUACAGUGGUAGAAGAGAUUGUUGAGGAGAUCAUCGAAGAGACUGAAGAGAUCAUUACUUAA